GCGGAACGCAGUCCUCGUUCGGAGUGCUGUCGGACGCACACGUUACAAGACUGCCCUCAAGUUUGUGUCUGUAAUAUAAGUUAUUACAAGGCCUUUUUUUAUGGUGUUUGACACCGAGGGUUCCAGUAGGAUACACUUUUUCUGACCCGUAAUCCUAAAGCUUGUUUCCUGCCUUGGAUCAUGAUGUCGGGGUUCUCUGUGAACGACCACCUGGAGGGGAUUCUGUCCGACUUUGAAGCGCUCAAGAGGUCCUUUGACAUCGACGAUGAGGACGACAUCCCCAGCUUCUCCUCUGGCUGCCCCAGCGCCCCCCCCAUGCCCCCCCCCUCCUCCUCCCAUCUCCUCCUGAGCCACAACAGGACCCAGGAGGGACGGGGAGCCACGCAGCCGCCGGCCUCGUCGGGCCUGAACCCCCACAGCCCGUUCCUCUCCCAGCGGGGGGGCCUGAAGUCGCGCUCCGUCAGCAGCAGCCUCUCCUUCAGCCACGGGAACAAGCCCGCCUUCAGGAAGAACGGGGGGGGCGGGGUCGCCAGGGCCGCCUCCUUCCAGAACCGCUUCCACCCCAACGGCUACUACUCCUCCCUGUCGGGCCCCGGCAGCGACAACGACAGCCUCCACAGCUCCUCCUCCAGCCUGGAGGGGCCCCCCGCCUCCGCGGCGAAGUACGGCGGGGGGGAGUACCAGCACCUCAUGGUCCAGGGGGGUGCACCGGGGGGUGCACUGGGGGGUGCACCGGGGUCCGACGGCCACCAGAAGAGCUCCUCCCACGGGGGCGUGUUCCUCUCUGAGGACGCUCUCAGGGGCGGGGCCCCGGAGCUCAGGGGCGGGGCUCCAGAGCUCAGGGGCGGGGCUCCAGAGCUCAGGGGCGGGGCUCCAGAGCUCCGGGGCGGGGCUCCGGAGCUCAGGGGCGGGGCUCCGGAGCUCAGGGGCGGGGUGGAUGGGCAGAGAGAGGGGGUGCCUCUGGGAUUAGGGUUUGCCAAUAACAACGCCGGCUGGAGCGGCCGCCCGCUCUACGGCGGCGGGGCGGAGCUCCACUCCGGCUCCGCCCAGCAGAGCCGCCGGCUCCAGCAGCACGGGGGCCCCCAGGGCCCGCAGCCUCCCAGGGCCAGAGAGCCCCCGCGCCUCAACAAGUUCCCCCUGGAUCUGGAGAACCUCACCAUGAACACCACCCCCAAGCCCCCGCCUCGGGGCGCAGCCAGCCCCCCCCAGCCCUCCCCCGGCCCCCCCCAGCCCUCCCCCAGCCCCCCCCAGCCCUCCCCCAGCCCCUCCCUCUCCCCCUCCCCCCUCAGCGGCGUGGAGAGGACCCCCUCCCCGCCCGGCCUCCCCCACCUCCCCCCUUCCUCCCCCAGGGGCUCCCUCCCGGCCCCAGGGGCCAGCUGCUCCCCGCCCCCCCCCGCCCAGACCCCCCUGCUCCCCGGGUCCCAGGCAGUCCAGGGGGGGGGUCCCGGGGCGGCGAGGAGGCUGGGGGAGGAGCCUCAGGGCCGCGCCCCAAACAGCGUGGGCUCCGUCCUGCGGAGGAUCGCCUCCUUCUCUCACGGGCUCCCGCCGGACGGCAGCGGGGGCCUGGCGGGGGGGAGCCCCAAGCCCCGCAGGGCCCCUGGCGGGACCAGGGACGGGGCCCACGGCGGGACCAUGGACGGGGCCCCCGGCGGGGCCAGGGACGGGGCCCCCGGCGGGGCCAGGGACGCGGCCCCCGGCGGGGCCAGGGACGGGGCCAGGGACGGGGCCCCCGGCGGGACCAGGGACGGGGCCCCCGGCGGGACCAGGGACGGGGCCCUGUCGCCGGCCCCCCUGCGGAGAGAGAGGAACCUGGAAGACCGGCUGAAGGUGGAGGAGAGUGAGAGGACGGAGGCCCCUGAACUGAUGGAGGAGAGUGAGAGGACGGAGAAGACCCCCAAAGACCCUUCCCCCUUAUCAGAGGAGCAGCAGCACGUACCGCAGCGAGGAGAGCUGGUGCUGCAGACGGGGGGGUCGGAGGGGCAGCCAGCGGUCGGAGCCCUCCCCCAGGGGGGGCAGGAGGGGCAGGGGGGGCAGGAGGGGCAGGGCAGCUCUCCGGACCCCAGGGUGGAGGGGGGGACGGAGACGAGGGGGCCCCCCCCCGGAGGCCCCCAGGGGGGCGUCCUCAGGGGUCCUGACCUCUUGGGCUACGUGGGCAUCGAGGCCGUGCUGGACCAGAUGCGCCGCAAGACCAUGAAGGCCGGCUUUGAGUUCAACAUCAUGGUGGUCGGUCAGAGUGGCCUGGGGAAGUCCACCUUGGUCAACACGCUGUUCAAGUCCAAAGUCAGCCGCAAGUCCUGCUCUCCAAACUAUGAAGAGAAGAUCUCCAAGACCGUCCAGCUGCAGUCGGUCAGCCAUGUCAUCGAGGAGAAGGGGGUGAGGAUGAAGCUGACUGUCAUCGACACGCCAGGGUUCGGAGACCAGAUCAACAACGACCGCUGCUGGGAGCCCGUCCUGAAGCACGUCAACGAGCAGUACGAGAAGUACCUGAAGGAGGAGCUGAGGGUGAACCGCCAGAGGAAGAUCCCCGACACGCGCGUCCACUGCUGCAUCUACUUCCUGCCUGCGUCCGGACACUGGCUGCGGCCGAUCGACGUUGAGUUCAUGAAGCGGUUGGGGAAGAUCGUCAGCAUCGUUCCUGUCAUCGCCAAGGCUGACACGUUGACCCUGGAGGAGAGGACCGAGUUCAAACAGAGGAUCAGACAGGACCUGGUGGCCAACGGGAUCCAGGUGUACCCCCAGAAGGAGAACGACGAAGACGCGGAGGAGCGGCUCCUCAACAACACCAUCAGGGAGAGCAUCCCCUUUGCAGUGGUGGGGACGGACCGGGAGCACCAGGUUAACGGCCACCGGGUCCUCGGCCGCAAGACCAAGUGGGGAAUCGUGGAAGUUGAAAACGUGGCCCACUGUGAGUUUGCCAACCUGCGGGAUCUCCUGAUUCGGUCCCACCUGGAGGACCUGAAGCAGGUGACCCACGACGUCCACUACGAGACCUACCGCGUGCAGCGCCUCACCGCCGGGGCUGUCCACCAGGGGGGCCCCAACGGCAGCGACCUGGAGAGCCACCUCUAAUGGGGGGGGAUGUGUCUGUGUCUGGGUGUAUAUGUGUGUGUGUGUGUGUGUGUGUGUGUGUGUGUGUGUGUGUGUGUGUGUGUGUGUGUGUGUGUGUGUGUGUGUGUGUGUGUGUGUGUGUGUGUCUG